AUGUCUGAAUGUAUCCAGCUCUCAUUUGCUGUUUGUAGAAUUGGCAUUUACACGUGUUUUAGAGCACUUUGCUGCAAGGGACCGCCACCACCACGACCUGAGUAUGACUUGGUUUGCAUAGGCCUCUCUGGUUCAGGCAAGACAAGUCUUCUGUCUCAGCUCUGCAGUGAAAGCCCGGAGAAUAUCGUGUCUACCACAGGUUUUAGUAUAAAAGCAGUGCCAUUCCAAAAUGCAAUUUUGAACGUAAAAGAACUUGGAGGAGCUGACAAUAUCAGGAAAUACUGGAGUCGUUACUACCAAGGAUCCCAAGGGGUAAUAUUUGUACUAGACAGCGCCUCCUCUGAAGAUGAUCUAGAAACUGCUAGGAAUGAGCUGCAUUCUGCUCUCCAGCAUCCACAGUUAUGUACUUUGCCGUUUUUAAUACUGGCCAAUCACCAAGACAAGCCAGCAGCUCGCUCAGUACAAGAGAUAAAAAAGUAUUUUGAACUUGAGCCACUUGCACGUGGAAAGCGCUGGAUCCUUAAGCCCUGCUCCUUGGAUGAUAUGGAGGCAGUAAAAGACAGCUUCUCCCUUCUAAUAAACUUGCUAGAAGAGAGAGACUUCGAACCUUCAAGAAUGUGAAAGCCAAGAGAAAGAAGAGGUUCCCAUGCAUUGCUGUACCUGCUCACUCUGUCACAGCGUAAUUAC